CCCACCUCCUUGUAUCCUUCUACCCGACGUCAUUUUGACAAUGUUAACCUCCCGUCUUGUCAGGGGUCUCCGUUCCCCAGUACUUCGAAGACCUCUCACCCGAUCCCUCGCAACUCCAGUCUCCCUUCCCAAAUAUGCAAACCCCAUCACCGAGGACUCUGUCCUCUCAAACGGUCUUUUAGUCUCUACCGAAACCAUCCCCGGUAUGUCAACCUCGACCGUAGGACUUUGGAUCGAUGCUGGUUCUCGAGCAGACGACUCUGCAGCAUCAGGCACAGCUCAUUUUCUCGAACAUUUAGCUUUCAAAGGUACUGGCGGACGUUCUCAAACUGCAUUAGAGUUGGAAGUGGAAAAUUUAGGAGCUCAUUUGAACGCUUAUACGAGUAGAGAACAAACUGUUUAUUAUGCCAAAGCGUUUGAUAAGGACGUUCCUCAAGCUGUUGACAUUUUGGCGGAUAUAUUGCAGAAUUCAAAAUUGGAUGGGAGUGCUAUUGAGAGGGAAAGAGAUGUGAUUUUGAGGGAACAGGAAGAGGUUGAUAAACAAUUGGAAGAGGUUGUUUUUGAUCAUUUGCACGCCGUGGCUUUCCAAGGACAACCUCUUGGUCAAACAAUCCUCGGCCCAAAAGCUCACAUCCAAUCCAUUGCCAAAAAGGACUUGACCUCGUACAUCCAGAAAAACUACACCGCAGACCGUAUGGUCCUCGUUGGUGCUGGUUCCAUCGAACAUGAUCAACUUGUCAAGUUGGCGGAAAAACAUUUCGCCUCACUUCCCGUCUCAUCCAACCCUAUCCCUCUUGGUGGUCAAGCGCAUCCCCCAACCCAAUUCGUCGGGUCCGACGUCCGAAUCAGGGAUGACACCAUGAGUACAUUGAACAUCGCCAUCGCCGUUGAAGGUGUAGGAUGGAGGAGUCCUGAUUAUUGGCCCAUGUUGGUGAUGCAGAGCAUCUUUGGAAACUGGGAUAGAAGUUUGGGCGCUAGUCCAUUGUUGAGCUCAAAAUUGAGUCAUAUUAUGAGUAGCAACAAUCUGGCAAAUUCUUACAUGUCUUUCUCUACGAGUUAUUCUGAUACUGGUUUGUGGGGUGUUUAUAUCGUUACGGAAAAUCACAUGAACGUCGAUGAUUGUCUUCACUUUACUCUCAAAGAAUGGAGUCGAAUGUCCGUAUCUCCUCUAUCAUCAGAAGUCGAGCGCGCGAAAUCGCAAUUGAAAGCAUCGUUGUUACUUGGUUUGGACGGAACGACGGCGAUUGCGGAAGAUAUCGGCCGACAAAUGAUCACCACGGGCAAGCGCUACACUCCAAAGGAGAUUGGACGUUAUAUUGAUGCCGUUACUCCCGAUGAUAUCCGCCGUGUCGCUCAGAAGUAUCUAUGGGACAAAGAUAUUGCCAUCGCAGCUGUCGGACGUGUGGAGGGUGUGCUCGAUUACAACCGGAUACGCAAUGACAUGUCACUCAUGACCGUCUGAGCUUAUGUAGAGGGCGAUACUACAUGACAGAUGCAUGGAAUAUGAGCCUUGUU